AUAGUGAGAAGUCAAGAAAAUUAACAAUCAUUUUAUGUUUGUAGAACCUAAUCUGGAAAUUCAAAGACAACUGUAAUUCUGUGUGGAACUCUGUGAGGGGAAUAGAAGCGCUGAGUAUGAUCAAGUGCAGCCCAAAGAAAAAUAAGAGUUUCACAGCAGAACCUGAGGAGAUGACUGAAUAUGAAGGUACUCGGCAAAGAGAGCUCCACUGUAAAGAAGGUAUGUGCCCAAAUGGUAGAAAAGGAUGAUGCAAGGACUCAACACGAAUGAGUUUUGGUAACUGAGAUGCAAUCCAAGUCCAUUACAUUUCUCAGGGCCUAUGAUUUAAAGAAGUUAAGUGUCCAUCUUUGGUGACAUGUUUGAUAUGAUGCUAUGCUAAUAAAUAACUUACCUCUUCUAGAGUCUGAGAAGAAGACUGGAAAAAUUGUUAGGAAAAGUGAUGAGUUCUUCCACCUUCUCAUCGCCUUCCUUGCCUUUGGAUUUGGCUUUGUUGUCUUCCAUUUGUAUAAAGGCUUGAUCCUUUCUAUUGGAGUCGCUCUGAUCACAUUUGCGUUUCUGGAAAUCACUGCCAUCUAUUUCCCCCUCGUUCGAAGAGUCCUAAAUGUUUUCUACUAUUUCAUUAAAAUGAUUCCUGAAACAAGUUCAUGGGUGCCUUCCAUCUGGAGACGCUGAGAGUUUCUGAGAGCAGCAUGUCUUGCAGUGUGGCACACCAACCAUUUAAAAGGCCCUGGUGACAAACACAUGAAGGAUAAUGUCUCCAGUGUCUUCCGAGUCCUUCCUUCCUUCGGUCCCUCAAGAAAGGCAUGUUUUUUUUUUUUCUGCCAGAGCAUAGAAAUCCAAAUAAAAAAGUCUGAUUAAAAUUAAA